GUUGGAUUUGAAUAAGCGCGAUUAUUCGAGUAAGGACUAAGGCAAGGGAGAGCUUGUGAUAACAAUAUAGACAUACAUGAGGGAGGAUAACAAAUAAACGAUCAACAUGUCGAAAAGACUAUCAGAAGAUGUUGGAGACAAUAGUGAUGAAGAAGAAAUUCCUUUCAAGAUUCGAAAAAAUUUGUUCAACACAGAGUUUGAAAAACCUGCUCCUGAUGAACACAUGCAGGUUUACCUAAGGAUAAGACCUUUUACUGUUACUGAAGAAGAUACUCAGGGUUGCUUGGAAGUUGAAGAUGAGCACCAUGUCCUGACUCAUGCCCCAAAGUCUUCCCAUUCUUACAAAAACAGUGUCCAUGGCCUUCAGAAGAUCACAAACAAGUUCACCUUUUCCAAAAUCUAUGGCCAGGAAACAAACCAAAAGGAGUUUUUUAAUGGCACAAUGCUAGGAACUGUCAAAAACUUUAUUGAUGGACAAAAUUGUUUAGUGUUUUCUUAUGGAGUUACAAGCUCAGGAAAAACCUACACCAUUCAAGGUGAGCCCAGGGAUGCUGGCAUCCUUCCUCGAGCUCUGGAUGUCCUCUUCAACAGCAUCAACAAUAAGCAGGUGUCUGGAUAUGACCUAAAGCCCAAGAUGUUCAUGGAUGUGGUCAAGCUUAAUAAAGAAGAAGCAGAUGAAGAGAAGAGAUUAAAGGAUAAAACCUUGAAGCUCAGUAAUGAUGAGGACCCAGAUGUAAUGAGUCUACUGGGUGAUGAUGCAUCUGAUGCAUCCCAGCUAACCAACAUUACAACAUGUUCAGAGAGUUCUAACAUUUCAUUCAUGCCAAACAAAGAGUCUCUUGAAUCUGGGGAGUGCCUCCUAGACAUUGAGAACCGAAUCCGAGAGGAGACCAAGGUGAUGGUGGAGGACCAGGGGCAGAUCCUGUUCUCUGUGUGGGUCAGCUUUGCUGAGAUCUACAACGAGCAGAUCUUUGACCUGCUGCAGCCAUUGUCCAAAAAGAAAAAUGCAAGAAGGCCGGUCCUUAAGCUCAGUGAUGACAGAAACGGGAGUCCAUAUAUCAAAGGGUUGAAGGAGAUUUGUGUACAGAAUGCGGAUGAAGCAUAUAAACUACUUACCAUUGGGAAGAGGAAUCUACAGACAGCUUGUACAAAACUCAACCAUCAGUCCUCAAGAAGUCACUGCAUUUUCAACAUCAAGAUAAUCCGAGUAGUGGAUAAGGCCAAACCUCGAAUGGCCAGAGUUAGCAUGUUAAGUUUGUGUGAUUUGGCAGGUUCUGAGAGGUCGGCCAAGACUCAGAGUGUGGGAGAUCGGCUGAAGGAGGCUGGCAACAUUAAUACAUCCCUGAUGACACUCGGUCGAUGCAUUGAGAUGCUGAGAUUUAACCAGUCACACAAAGAUAAUCCAAAGAUUAUUCCCUUCCGAGACAGCAAGCUGACUCGCCUCUUCCAGAAUUUUUUCUGUGGACAAGGGCAUGUCAACAUGAUAGUCAAUGUGAAUCAGUGUGCCAGUAUGUUUGAUGAAACCCUGCAUGUGUUCAAAUUCUCUGCCAUAGCUAAACAGGUGGUCAUAACUCAAAAGCCAGAUAUCAAAACCAGACUGCUGCAAUCGGCCAAGAAGACAGCAGACACAAAGAAGAGAGCCGUCUCCAUUAGCUGGGCCACACCAGGUCAGUUGAAAGAGCUGAAAAAUGCUGCUGACCAAGGGGCUAGUAUCCCUCUCCCAGAGGGCAAUGAGGAGGAUGAUCUAGAAGAUGACUUGGAUAUAGAGGAACUACUGGAAACAAUAAAAGACUUGCAGUCUAAACUAUUGAAAGAGAGGAAAGAUAAACUGAAACUGGAGCUGAAGAUCCGCGAGGAGGUGUGUAGUGAGAUGAUGAAGCAGCUGGUGGAGAUUGAGGAUGAGUGCAGCGAGCGCAUCAGAAUAAAUGAAGAGGCCACAGAAGAGAUGUAUGAGAAAAGAAUCCAAAUUCUGAUGGAUGCAUAUGAGAAGCAGGGGAAAAGGCAGGCCGACUUCAUGACUGAUGAGGAUGACGAGUGGGUGUCCAGUGUUCUCUUCUACCAGGAGCAAAUGAAAAACAAGGAGAAAGAUGCAGAAAUAGAAAGACUAAGGAAAGAAUUGAAUGAAGCCAGAAUUAAACAAAUUGCCGAACCUGAACAAACUCCAGCUACUAGAGGUUCUGAGGAGAUGGGAGAUUCUGUCCUAUUGGAAACUUUGACCAAACAGCUGGAUGAAAUCAAGUCAACACUCAAAGAAAAGGAUGAUGAAAUCAAGGAGCUGAAUGAAAUGCUGACAGAGGCUGGAGAAACAUUCCAGGCCAAAGAAAAGGAGAUUGCAGACCUUCAGCAGAAGCUGUCAGAGGACAAGUUACACAACGAGGAAGAGGUGGCAGAGCUGGAGAGAGCCCUGGUUGAAAGCAAGAAGGCCCUGGAGAUGGCAGACCAGAAGAUCAAAUCUAGAGAUGAAACCCUGGAAACAACAAGGAAGACUUUGCAAGAUGAGGUAGAGAAAUUAACAACUUCCUUAAAGGAGAAGGAAGAGUCAUGGAGGAUAAAGCUUGAGAAGGAGGAGGGAGAGAGUUUGAAGAGGGAACAGGCCCUCAUCAAUGGCUACAAGGCAGAGAUCUCCAACCUCAAGAGUCAGCUGUCAGUAGUCAAAGCUGAGAGUCGCCACAACAGCCCAAGCCCUUGUAAGUCGCCAUCCAAGCAUAGAAAACAUCAGGAUCACUUCAUGGAGGACCUGUCCAAACAGCUGAGGGACCUCCAGGCCGAGUUUGACCUGAAUUCAGCAGCCACACGAGAGCUGGAGGAGGCCCUACACAAGACCAAACAGAUCAACGAGGAACUGGAAACUAGGCUUACCUCACAGAGCAAGGAGAAUGAGAAGGCUCAGCAAAACAUCAAGGAGAUGGAGUCGAGAUGUGUGGAGCUGGAGUCACAGGUGCAGGAAUUGAAUACUGCAAAAGAAGAAGCAGGGAAAAAAGUGGAAAAAAUGUUGGAGGAUAACAGAAAGUAUUUGAGUUUGGAAGAAACUGUUGAAGAUUUAAAGUUUAAGAUGAAUGAAAAAGAUGUGGAGAUAUCGGAAUUGAAGGAGCAAGCUAAUAAGCUUAAUAUGUCAAUGGGUAAAGACUUGCAAUUCCAGCUGGAUGAGGCAAAUAUAGAGAUUUCACAGCUUCAAAGUGAACGCUCAAAGCUCGAACGCAAGGCUGUUAAUUUGGAGAAACUCUACAAGGAGAAAACCAAACAAAACAUGGAACUGAAUGAUGAAUUAAACAAGGUUAAAGUGGCUAAAGAAAUGUUAGAAGAAGAUCUGCAGGAUCAAGAUGAGAAUGAGGAAAAAUUGACUGAGAUAUCUAAGGAAAAUGAAGAGCUGAAAGAAAGGAUACAGAAGCUAGAAGCUCAGGCUGAUCAACAGCAAGAAAAGCUUGGUGAGGCAAUUCAACAAGGAAAUGCAGAAUUGAAACAGAAAAUUAUUGAUUUGCAGGAACAAAUCAGUAGGGAGGAGAAUGUGAACAGUGCAUUGAAGUCUGAACUUGAAAUUGCAACAACUGAAAUGAAAAAGAUGGGAGAAUUUAAGGAAACCAAUGAGAAAUAUGCUAAGAAAAUUCAAGAACUGGAGGAGAAGCUUGCCAACUGUUCAGAUUGUCAGAAGUGGCAGAAAAAGAAUGAAGAAAUUGAGAAGGCAUUGGAGAAAGUGAAAGGAGAUGUUAAAGAAUUACAGUGUGAAACUGAACCUCUGAGAAAGGAACUGACAGAUCUGAGGAGUGAUAUAAAAGCUAAAACUGAGGAGGUUGAUGAAUUACAGAAACAGUGUGAAAGUGUUAAGGAAGACCUUGAGAGGAAGGAGCAGACAUUUAUAGAGACUCUUGAAAAACUUGAAUGUACAAAAGACCAGUAUGAUGCAAUGAAGAAAGAGAUGGAUGUUGUGCGAGAGGACUUGACGAAUAAAACGGAAGAACUGGAAAGAUUAAAAUCUGCUCAAUCUGACAUGUUGGAGCAACUUAACACAUCAACUGAGCAUGUACAUGAGCUAAGUGAUGCCAAGUUAAAGUUUGCAGAAAUGAAGUCUUCACUCCACAUGCAGAAAACAUUGUAUGAGAAGGUUAAGGCUGAUAUGGUGACCUUAAAAGAGGAAAAGAGUAAACUAAUCUCAAGUAAUGAAAACCUCCAAGAGCAAGUCAAAAGUCUUGAGAAGAGAGUAAGUUGUGAAACAACUGAAAAAGAAGAAUUGUCUUGUUUGACUUCAAAGCUGGCAGAAAUGCAGAAGAACAUGGCAGACACUGAAGAGAGAUACACUACCCUGCAAGUUGAGAAGAGUGAAUUGGAGAAAAAAUGUAAAGAAUUUGAGAAUACGAUAUCAACAGUUGCAUCUGAUAAAGAUGAACUUGGUCAUGAGUAUGCCCAGAAAUUAACUGUUGUUGAAUCCAAAUUACUGGAAACAGAAACCGCUCUCAAAGAAUUGGAGGAGACCAACAACUCUUUGAAAAUGGAGAAAAAUGAUCUAUCACAGAAGUUAGAUACCAUUUCCAUGGAAGUGACAGCUAAGAGUGCUAUUAUUAGUGAAAAAGAAAAACUUUUGUCAGAUUUGAAAUGUGAACUGAAGAAGGCAGAAGAUACGGUUGUGAAUCAGAUGUCUAUUACAUCUGAAUUAAAAGAAGUCAAGGUCAGAUGCAGAAGAUUAGAAAACAUCAAAGCAGAACUGGAGGAUAAGAUAGCUCAGGAGACAGGUCAAGGGUCAGGGCACAAGCUCGAGGCCAGCAACAGGAAACUGACAAUGGAGCUGGAAGAUUGUCAUGGAAGAAUCCAAGAGCUCCAAAAGUCAAAGGAGAGUCUGGAGGAGAAGGUGGAUAGUUUAACAUCGGAAAUAUCUACAUUGUCCAAGUCAACAGUACCUGACUCUUGUGGAACUUGUCCAGCCAUUCAGAAAGAGCUGAACUCGAGCCAAGAAAGAGAACAAACAUUGAAGAAGCAGCUUCAGACAGCGGGGGAAAACAUUGGGGAGCUGAACAACAAGAUCUGUGACCUGGAGGACCAGAUGUUGAAAUUAAACCAAAGGCUACACGAGGCAGAGGACAAAAAGGUCACCCAGGAACCUCGAUUGAGCAUCCCAGGAAAUUCAGUGGACCUUGACAAGCUGAGAGAUGAGUUGACCCAGAAGUUGGAUGUGAUCCGUGAACUUCAGAGAGAGUUGGUAAGGAAGGACAGUCGCCUUCAGGCAGAAAAGUUGAAGACCAAGCAGCUGAUUGAAGAAAGAAGUGAUGAACAAAGGCGGUAUGAGGCAGCACUAAAAGAUGCUACUGCUAAUGAGGAGUGCCUUGCUGUACUGAAGGCAGCCCUCUCAGAGCAAGAAGAGACGAUGGAACACCAAGACACACUGAUUCAACAGCAUGAGAAAAACAUUGAAAAAGCCCAAAAAGAAUGUGAGAAAUACAUGAAUAUGUACCAGUCUCUUCUCUCAACAACCAAUACCAGCAGUGUGGAAAUACGUGACUUGAGCAAAAAAGUGUGUGACCUAUCAGUGGAAAAUGAAAGAAUAAGAGGUGAGAAAAAAGACCUGGAAAACAAAAUCUCAUUUCUGAAGAAGCAAGAGGCAGAACACCAACAACUAGCCAAAGAAAAUCUCUCUCUACGCAGUAGCCAGGGUUCUGUGAAGGAGUUUGAGGAGAGGUUAGCCUGUGUUAACAAGGAGAAGGAAAGUCUGCAGACCACUUUGAAAAGUGUGACUAGUCAAGUGGAGAGUCUGCAGCAAGAGAAGUGUGCAUUAGAAGGUCGACUAAAGGGAAUUACAGAUAGAGACUCCAGUAGUGAUCAGAAGCUGGAGGAGAUGGUUGCCAAGUUGUCCGAGAUUGAAGCCAGGCAUAACAAACAGGAGCUAGAGUUCAAGACAUUGAGGGACCAGAAGAAGAAACUGGAGACCAUCAUAAAGGAAAACAAUGCAGAGAUCAAAGAACUCGAAAAAGAGUUGUCAGAAACUAGGUCCCAGUGUGAAGCUCUGAGAUCUGAUGCAGGAAAAGAGAGCAUCGAGCAGCUGAGGACUGUUCACAAGGAACAUGAGGCAGCCGUGGCUGACAUGAAAACCAAAAUCAGGGAAAAAGACCAUAGUUUACGAGAUAGCCACAAACAGAUUCGUCGCCUUGAAGAUGAAAUAAAGGAACUGGUGACAAAAAAUGAUGGAAAGGAGGUACAAAUGAAGACUUGGAAAGAAGAGAAAGACAAGCUGGUGUCCUCUUUGUCUCAGAUAAUUGAGAAACAGAAGCAAGACAAGGAGCGAGUCCGUGAGCUCGAGAGCGAGAACACUCGGCUUGAGGCGUUAGUCAAAGACCAGAUAGAGACCAUCAGGCAACUUACUACAUCAGCCUCAUCUACACGUAAACCCAGAACGAGGAAUACUUCAGUGUCAUCUGACAUAUCCCAGUUUGAUGAGACACCUCUAAGUAGAACGUCAACCAGAAGAGGGAGGAAACGAAGGUCCUACUCCACGUCUGAGUUAGAGAUUACCUCUUCCAAAAAGAAAGACAGUGAUGUAUCUCUGUUGUCGGAGGACGUGGGUGAUGACAGGGAGCGGGUUCUCAUUGAUGCCACGCCCCCUGUAGCGGCCAAGAGUUUAAGGAAGGCAAGGAAGAAACCAAGAUCUUCAACUGACCUUCUCAGAGAAGGUGCACAAGAAUCAUCCAAGCUUAAAGCUGUAGAUAAAGAAAACAAACCAAUGAAAAGAAUUGGCUCCAUCCUUAAUGCUUUGAAAAAGUCACCAAUUUCAAGAUCAGCUAAGAAACAACUGACAGAAAUUAAAGAGCAGUCAUCACCAAACCCAGUUGGUUCACCAGUGGUGGAAGUGGAGGACUGUGGAACACAGAUGUCUGCCGAAAAAGCCAAAGAACCACCCCCUCGUAAAAAGUCCCGUCGACAUGCCUUAUACAAGGAGCCUCUUCAGAUAUCUGAGCCUCUGGACUGUGGCCAGUUUAUUCACACAACUCCAGAAGAAAAUGUACACGACACAGUGCAGAAACGACUAAGAAGACGCCCUAGGAAGUGAGGGACUAGAGCUAUGUCAGAUGUGCCAAAUAAUUUUACUUUCCAGUCAGAAACGUUUCUUUGUACUGUGACUUUUACAGCUUUUUAUGUUCAGAGGACUACUUUGUUUUAAAUCAAGCUGUACAGUGCAUGUUCAUUUGGAGGUGUGUGAAGAAAUGAACAAGUUGUGACCUUUCCUUUCAUUGGAGAGCUGGAUGUUACAUACUUUUACUUUUAAUUCUACCCAAUCCAUGUACAGCAGUAGAGCUGAACAUAUCUGGCUAAUAUUACUAAAUAAAUAUUCUUAAUGCAUGGACUUUUGGAAAGAUUCUUAAUGCGUUGACUUUUGGAAAGAUUCUUAAUAGGUUGACUUUGGAAGCUUUCAACAUUUUGUUGAUAGUUUAAUAUUGAAAUUUAACACACACUUAGAUGUCAGAUUCAUUUUUAAAAUCAAUAUCUAUGUACAAUUUUUAUAAUUCUGGAUUUGUGGGAUUUUUUUCAAUGUAGAAGAGUCUAUGUUCCACACAACUUACUUUUUUUCCCGCUUAAUUUAUAUUUAAUUAUUACAACAUAAAAUCUGUCAGAUAACAUUUUUGUUGUAAGAUUGAAUCACAUGGGGCAUUUAAUGACUAUAAAAAUCAGGUGUACUAUCAAAUUAUACUCAAAUACUGUUAUGACAUGUAUAAAUGCAUUUUUGAUAUCGGUUUGCAUAUUUGCAAAAAGAUGUCUCAAGCUUUGCUGAAUGUGUAACUUAGUAAUGUUAUCAUAGGCUAAAUUAUGAAGAAUCCAAUAACAUAAAUGUACUUUAAUAAGACAAAAAAAAAAGCUUUGCUAUUUACAUGUAUAUGUACAUGUACCUAUUAAAGUGUUAUCAGUUUACUAAAACAGGGUUUACUUUUAUAUGUAAAUCCUUUGUAUCAUUUUACUGUGAGUUGUGACUGUAGAGAAUAUUACAGCGAUUACCUUUCUUAUUUGAUAUCUGAAAUAUCUUUUCUGUCUCUUUCUGUCAAUCAAGUCCAUCUUUGUACCGUAAUAAAAUAUAACAUACAAAACAUGA